AUGAAAGGAAAAUAUGAAUGCGAGAGUGUAUAUAGGCGAAAAAAUUUUGUGAGUUCGCCGGGCGUUGUGGCGAGCGCUUGUAAUCCAAGUGACUGGGAGGCAUGUGGUGGUGGAUGGAGUGAGAGGAGGAGUCCUGGCUGGUGCUUGGCGGUGGCGACCGAGCGUCCAGGCCAAGCGUGGCGUCGACAAGGUAUCGGGACAGGAGUGUCCUCCGGUACCUGGUCGUAUAAUGAGGGGCGAGUCAAGCAGCGUGGCGCAGUGGAAGCGUGCUGGGCCCAUAACCCAGAGGUCGGUGGAUCGAAACCACUCGCUGCUAUGUGGUCAGGCCGCGAUGUGCUAUUGAGCGGUGCAUUUUUGUCCAAACUUGAUUUUGAAAAAACGUAA